GCUAAAAAAGGCAAUGCAGAAUGGACUGGGUAUCGACUGCUCUAAUAAUAAAACUGAGUAAUAAUGGAUAAGGUUACCUUGAAGCAAAUAUGUAAUUAUUUUGACCUGUACAUUGGGAGCAGCAGUUACAACAGGGGAGGUUGCUGGGGCUUGAACUGGUGUCACACUAUAAACUGCUUUUUGGUAUCCUUUUCUGCUUUAUCGUCCCUCCUAGCUGGCUGCCUUCAGAUACCAAAGAUUCUAAACAGGAGAGCUGGAUCCAGAUCGCAAUACAUCGUCCUUUUAGAUUGAAGUGGAUCUCCUUAUUCCUAGCAACAAGUCUCCAGUUGCAGAGGAUUUUGCUGGGGGAAGGACUCUACAGAAGCACCAGAAGUUCUCCAUAAUGCAAGCUCCCCCAUUCAUUUUUAUUCAUCUGAUUAAUCAAAUCCUGCAUAAUUGAAGACUAUCAUUAUCAUUGAGGAAAGACAGAACAUAAGAAACUUGAUCAGUAUGACUGAAAGCACAACUGAAGGUCGGCCAGCAACCAUCACCAUCAUUGAUAACAAGAAUGGGGCUGUCCCAACACCGGUGCCAAAGGUGCCAAAGAAAACCGUCUCCGAUGAAUUUGCCACAACUUUCAGCUCUCCAGCAGCUUGGUUCCUAGUCGUGGCUCUAAUUGUAACCUGGUCAGCAGUGGCCAUUGUGAUGUUUGACCUGGUGGAUUACAAGAACCUUGUUGCUGGCAUUGAACCUGCCUAUACUCUGUACUGUGAUGAGCCCUGCUUACCACCUGGAAAACGUCAAGUUGAUGUCGGCAAAAUACUAAAGGAAGCACAGAGCCCUAGAGGAGGUUUUAAAGAAAUAAGCUCAGACUCUAUGAAAGUCAUAGAUGAGGCUGUGGAAGAUACGUCAGAUUGGAUGUAUGGUUUUAUAUCUUUACUGUGUGAUAUAAUGACAACCACAGAUUACCCAGAUGACGAUAUGGAUGAAGGUCAAAUCCAACCACCGUUAAAAAAGAAAGCUGUUCUUCAUCCUCCAGCUAAACGGAAAGGUGAAAUUCAUCCUCUAUCUAAAAGAAAAGUAAUCAAAAAAGAAAAAACAGAAAGAAAAUCAAAAACAGAAGCAAAAGCUCCAGCAAAAGUGGAAAAAAAGAUGAAAGUGCCCAAGGUUGAAGAAAAAGUGAAAAAGCAGAUCAAAGUGAUUAAACCGGAGAAGAAAGUAGAGAAAGUAAAGAAAGUGGAAGUAAAAGCCAAGGAAGAAGAAAGAACAAAACAACAACUUCAUGGAAAGAAGGAGAAACCUGGAAAAGGUGACAAACCAGAGAAACAUGAAAUACUCGUGAAACGUGACAAACCUGAGAAACUUGAUGUACUUGUGAAACGUGACAAACCUGAGAAACUUGACAAACCCGUGAAACAUGAUGCACUCGUGAAACGUGACAAACCUGAGAAACAUGAUGUACUCAUGAAACGUGACAAACCCGUGAAACGUGAAAUACUUGUGAAACGUGACAAACCUGAGAAACUUGAGAAACCUGAGAAACUUGAGAAACCUGAGAAACGCAAUUUACUUGUGAAACGCGAUAAACCUGAGAAGCAAGACAAAUCUGAGAAACAUGACAAGCCAGAAAAACGUGAUGUUCUCAUGAAACGUGACAAACCUGAAGCUAAAGCAGAAAAGAAAGCUACAACGAGAGAUAAGAAAGAGCCCGAAGUGUACAAGUCUGGCAAAGCAGAGAAAAGAACCGAAAAAGUGCAAGAUGACAAAGAAGGGAAGCUGAAGUCAAAGGAUAAAGGACAUCCAGCAAGUCAUUCUGUUACUCCAGCUCCAGAAUUAAUGAAACCUCCAGCAAAGAAACCUGCAGCAGCCACUGUUCAAGAAAAGAAGGUUGGUAUGAAUGCUGCCAAGUCUAAAGAAACUGAAAAGCCACAAGUAAAGCUAAAGCAGAAAGCAGAUCCUCUAGCAGUGGCAGUAAAAACAGAAAAAAGGAAACCUCAAGCAGCAAAAACAACAGCAAAACCAACUGCAGAGAAAAAGACUCCUCAAUCACCAAAGGAACAAGCAAAACCAGCUGGAUACCCUGCAGCUAAACCCGCAGCUUCCAGAGUGUCAAUUAAGCCUGCAGAAAUAAAACCAGCAAAAAAAUCUGCAGCCAUACCAAAGAAACAAGUCCUUGUUGUACCAGAAAAGGAAAAAAAAACAAAAAUGAAAGUUGCUGUUGCUGAAAAAGCUAAACCUAUAAAAGAAAAGGCACAAGAAAAAGGAAAGAAAGAGAAAGCUAUCACAUCUGAUAAAGCUAAACCUCCAAAAGAGAAAGCAUCAGCAGUUUGGGCAGAUAAACCUGCAAACGAGAAGGCCUUAGCCAAACAUGAAAAAUCUCAAAAAGCAGAACCAAAACCCAUGGAGCAGAAGAGGACAAAGAAAGAACCUCAAGAGAAGAGAGAAGAAAAGGUACAUCCAGCAAAAGAGCUAGUCAAACCAUCCAAAGAGAAAGAAGCAAAGAUUGAGAAAGAAGUGAAGAGAACAGCUUCAGCCACCCCAGAUAAACAAGCAAAGCCAAUGAAAGCAAAACUAGCAAAACUAGAAACUGGUCCUAUAAAAACAGUGGCAAAAAGGGUGACGGAAGCAAAAUCAACCCCAGCACCUUCAAUACAAGCACCAAAGCCCAAAGCCAUAACAACAACGAAGCCCGAAGCAGCAACAAAAUCACAUAAAGCUCCACUACCAGUGGCUAAACCUACAGCUGAAACAGGUGUAACUCGUAAUAAAGACUUAUAUCCCAAGAGAGAUGUCUUACUUGCUCAGUACCUCCCCAUGAAAAGGCAAUGGAGUGAGCCAACUGUAGCUCUGGAACCAGCAAAGGUGAAGCCAGGAAAGGAAACAAAAAAGGAAGUGGAACUUUCAGCUACAGAGAAGAAACCUAAAGCUCCCUUGCGCUUUUUCCAGUGUGUGUUCCUCGAUGCCAACAACGGUUAUGGGCCUCUGGCAAAUUUUCUUUCAACUCAGCAAAGCCCUGCAGUGAAUGGACAUGACCUCAGGCAGAACAAGGAAGCUGGGCAAUCUGAAAAGAAGAAAAUCAGAUCUCCAGGACAUUAGAUCAGCAGAGAAGAGGUUGCAGGGAAAACAACACAACAGAUGUUGUCCUAAGGUUCUUAGAUCUCCUGCAUUUCCUCAGUUUGCAGAGUCAUUCUCCACAGAGAUCACUAAGAAGAGCAAAACAUUUUACUAUUGACUACAAAGACAGAAAGCAGGAAUGAUGAGCUAUUUGAAUGGAUUUCAACAGUGUUUAGGGCUGAAGUGCCUAAAUAACUAACAUCUACUGCAGAGAUCAGGUUUCUGCAGCCUCACAUUGUUUCUCAGCAUACAUUCCGAUCUGAUGUAUGUCUUUUACCUUUCAGCUCUUUGUUCCCUGGUUGUCAUACAAGUCAUUCACUUACUCAAUACAGUAUGCAUUUGUUUGAAAUUAUCUUUCAAAUGCGUAUAAAGCCCAACACUAACACUUGCAGUUGAAAGCCCAAUUGCAAAGAAAAACAAUACUUGUCUAUACCGUAUCACAAUUGUUUUCCUCCUGAAACUCUGAAAAGGAAAGUUUUGCAAGUUGUUCUCUACUUCAUUGUUGCAGUUUAAAGAGAUGUAUAACACAUGGGCUUCCAAUGGAAUUGUUUGUGUGUGAUUAUUGUGCCUUCUCUGUCGGUAGAUGCAGAAUAUUAAUUUUGCAGCUGGUUCUUUCUGAGAAUCAGAGAUAAUAUUCAGCAAUGGGUACAGAAAGCAAAGGGUUUCAGAUAAUUUCUGUACUUAUCCAGACAGAAAUGCCAAUAAAGAGCCAAGGUAUCCAUUUGAAUAUUAGGUGUGACAUGAAUAUUGACUACACUCUGAGGCCCCAGGAAUGGAAAUAGAAUUCAUUAAAAAAAAGAUGGUGUUUAA